GGUUUGUAACCGUAUGUUCAUUACUUAAUGUUUAAUGUGUAAAUUUAUUUAAAAAAUAAAAUAAUUAAAAACCUUAAAAACCGGAAACUUCCGGUGUUCGUUGCAGUCACCUGACCGAGUGACAGAAGUUUUAGCAGCAGUCAACAUUUGUUUUUUAAAAGAACCCGAACCGAGUGUUGUAAUGCGUUGGUUGAUUUGUGGACCAAAACUCGCCGCGUGUGGGAUUGUGUUGAGCACGUGGGGGGUUAUAAUGCUGGCCAUGCUGGGGAUUUUCUUCACCACACAUUCAGCACUGCUGAUUGAAGAUGUGCCUUUUACAGAUGAAGACAUCCACCAAGAUACCAACCCUCAGAGAAUCUACACCCUGUACAACAAGGUGGGCUACAACUGCUUCAUAGCAGCUGCUGUUUACAUCCUGUUUGGAUUCUUCUCCUGCUGCCAGAUGAAGCUCAACAAGCGGAAGGAGUACCUGGUGCACUAGUGCCAUGCGCUGGCCGGAGGAACUCCCAGCAGCACUCUGGCAGCAGGAGGCUGCGUUUGGAAGCUCGCAGCUCUGAUCUGUGACUUCUGUCUCAGGGUUUAAAAUUCCUAAUUAUAAACUACAGGGGAGAGACUGGGCGUUGUGUGGGAGCAGAUCCACAUUCUGCACCUUUUUAUGUAUUCAAGAUGAGAUUAAUUCUACCUCUGAUCACAAGGGGUGAAAUGAUUUUCACGGUUUCUUCCUGUACUGUACUAGUGAAUGUAUUUUUUGAUUAUUACCAGUAUCCGUGUUUGGAAUGUGAGAAUGACAUUAGAUCUAAUUAUUUGUUUCCGUGGACUUUUGUCUGUACAGUGCCUCAGAGAAUCAUAAUUUGAAUUGUUGUCAUUUAUUCAAAUGUCCAAGGUUAUUGUCCAGCAUU